AUACAGUGUCAACAACAACUCCAACUAAGCGGCCUUCAAUUUCAACAGAGGCAAACAUUGCUUUGUCAAUAUUUUCACACUCCACGUUGGAUAUCGACGAAUGCACCAUUCUCCAAGGAUUUAACUUGUGUUUUUUGUUGCAUGUUGUUAUUUUGACGAAGCAACCCGUGGAGGCUGUCCUGCUGCUCCAUCGAAGCCAAAGUGUAGGCCUAUAGGCUAUACGUUUUUGUGGAUCCCAGAAUAUUUCAGAAGUUCACGAGUUGGUGUUGAUUUGGUCCAGAGCAAAGCUUCGUUGGCGGAAGUUUAGGAGACAUGACAGCACUAGCGGGGGGCAUACCGAGGAUGAUGCGCCCGAACCCACACCAAAACUACCCGCGGGGAGGCUACUCACUGGAAGUCUCUACCCCGUUAGGCCAGGGCCGGGUGAACCAGCUCGGUGGGAUGUUUAUCAACGGCAGACCCCUGCCCAACCACAUCCGCCACAAGAUCGUGGAGAUGGCACACCACGGCAUCCGACCCUGUGUCAUCUCCCGCCAGCUCCGAGUCUCCCAUGGCUGCGUGUCGAAAAUCUUGUGCAGGUACCAGGAGACAGGCUCCAUCAGGCCUGGGGCCAUCGGAGGCAGCAAACCCAAGCAGACAACAACCCCAGAUGUGGAUAAGAAGAUCGAGGAAUACAAGAGAGACAACCCGGGCAUGUUCAGCUGGGAAAUUAGGGAUAAAUUACUCAAAGACGGGAUCUGUGACAGAAACAACAUCCCCUCAGUGAGUUCAAUCAGCCGUAUCAUGCGUUGUAAAUUCGGGGGAGUUGGAGGAGAAGACGAGGAGGACGAUGAUGAAAUAGAGAAGAGGGAAUUGGAAGAGAACGAAAGACGAGCGAAACACAGCAUCGAUGGCAUCCUCGGGGAUAGAUCUAGCCACUCAGACGAGGGUUCGGAUGUGGACUCUGAGCCGGGCCUGCCACUAAAGAGGAAACAGCGUCGCAGUAGGACCACCUUCUCAGCCGAGCAGCUGGAGGAGCUGGAGAGAGCCUUUGAACGAACACACUACCCUGAUAUAUACACCAGAGAAGAGCUUGCUCAGAGGGCCAAACUCACAGAAGCCAGAGUUCAGGUGUGGUUCAGCAACAGGAGAGCCAGGUGGAGGAAACAGGCAGGAGCCAAUCAGCUAAUGGCAUUUAAUCACCUGAUCCCUGGCGGUUUCCCGCCUUCGGCCAUGUCGAGCUUGCAGCCCUAUCAGCUGUCAGACACCCCCUACCCUCCGACCUCCAUCUCACAAACAGUGUCAGAGCAGCACAGUACGGUCCACAGGCCUCAGCCUCUCCCUCCUACCUCAGUGCACCAGGGUGGGCUUGGCUCCUCAGCGGGGGCCCAGGAAGGGAGUUCGGCCUACUGCCUGUCCUCCGGACGCCACGGCUUCUCAGGCUACUCAGACAGCUUUGUGCCCCCGCCUGGCCACUCCAACCCAGUCAACCCCAGCAUCAGCAACGGCCUCUCACCACAGGUGAUGGGGCUGUUGAACCCAGGAGGAGUGCCCCACCAGCCCAGCCACCAAAGUGACUUUGCCCUCUCUCCCCUGACCGGUGGGAUGGAGCCCGGGGGUGGCAUGGCAGCCAGCUGCCACGGCUCCCAGCGGGGCCUGGAGGGUCUGCCAGGCCUGACCAGCAUGCCCACCCUGCCCAACUCCCAGUCCUACUGCCCGCCCACCUACAGCUCGCCAGCCUACGCUAUGGACCACCACCCCUCCUACCAGUACGGACAGUAUGGACAGAGCAAGGUGCCUUUCAUUAUCUGAAGCCCCAACAUGGCCAGGAGUGGAUGAGAUCUCUGGUCAACCCGACAGUCAACUCUGGAGCACUCCCCCUUCCUCUCUUCCUCCCCCCACCGCCUCCUCCCCACCCAGCCCCUGAAGAGAAGGGACAACGUAGAGAGAUGGAGGGAGGGGGGUUGUUUUGGGGAUUCGGGGAUGUGAAGGGGGGGUUCACUCAAUGGGAUAAUCAGGACCAAAGGGGAAGCCCUCUCCAGUUACCUGGCACUCGCCCCGCUCACGCUCCACAUCAUGCUCCAGAAACCAAGCACGCCUCGCUUGAGGAGAGAACGAAAUGGAGAGGAGGAGGAGAGGCACAGGAUAAACAAAAAAAGGAGUGAAUAAAACCCCAACAAAAAACUAAAUUCACUCAUUCAACACUCUGCGUUUGAUUUGUAAUAAGUAGCAGAGAGUGGGAGAGGACUUGGUAAACAGUUUUCCUUCCAUGGAUGUGCUUUCAGGGCCAUUGUGAUGAUGGGAGGAAAAUAAGGUUUUAGGGCACAAUCCUAAGGCAUAAUGGUGAUCUAUCUAUGGACGUGAAAUAGGCACACCGCUCACUCAGCCACAAUGCUCUAUGUAUGGCACUCACAAUGUCUUAGGGAAACGUCUCAUACUGCACGCUGAUACUUUGUAUUAUUUUAUAUGGUUUGGGGAAAUGAAAUGUGUUCUAUCAGGAGAAGAAAAACUGCCAUCAAUUUGAUUUGUAAAAAUGACUCUAAGCAUAUGUAGGUCUGGACAGUGAAGGUCGGGACAGUGAAGGUCUGGACAGUGAAGAUCUGGACAGUGAAGGUCUGGACAGUGAAAGUCUGGGCAGUGAAGUUCUAGACAGUUGACUCAGUCUUUCACCCAACUAGGAUGAUAGAGUGAGAUAUACAGUAGUAGAUGGAAGCUGCUGCAACCCAAAGAAGUGCAAUACAUUCAUACCUCAGAUGAAAUGAAUUGACACAUCCCUGUAUAACAAUCUCCUCAAUUAACUGACUACAUCCUUUUUGUAAUCCUUAUUGUUUUGAGCAAAAACAAUGGUAUCUGGGUUGCACUUUGAAGCAAAAAUAAUCCUAACACUAGAUCUGUGCACCUACAGGUAACUUGGAUUUUUGCAUAAAUCCUGCAUUGAUUUCAAUAGGAGAUUUGAGUAUAAAUCUGAGUUACAUACACUCAAGUUACAGAUCUGGGACCAGGGCCCGUAUUCACAAAGUAUCUCAGAGGAGGAGUGCUGAUCUAGGAUCAGGUCCCUCCUGUCCAUGUGAUCAUAUUAGUUAUGAUCAAAAUGGCAAAACUGAUCCUAGAUCAACAUUCCUAUUCUGAGACACUUUGUGAAUACGGGCCCAGGCUACCAGUCACAGUCCAAUCAAGUGUAAAUUGGACCUGAUAAAACAUACCACUCUCGUUCAUUUAGUAUUUAUUCAGUCCACCUCUUCUCUGUUAUAUCCCUGAUCAUAGCACUCCUUUGUGCGGAAAUCACACAUUUAUUUUUCUGCCUUGUUUCUUUUGUAUACAUAUAUCAUUUUCAUUUAUGACUGCAUAAAAUGAUUUGUGUUGUAAUAUGUCUUGUGUCAAAUGCAGCACUAUUUACUAUUUAUAAUAAAAUAUAUAAAAAUGUG